CUGACGUCUUCGCGUGCAGACGCUUCGGCGUUGUCGUUCGUAUGUGCAAGUUAUUUUAUAAUACAGACUAGUGUGAAAUACACUGAAUUUAAGUGUAAACCUCAAAAUUAAGUGACAUUAAUUGCUGGUGGAACGAGCAAGUCGGCGUCGUUCAAGAUGGCGGAGGAUGAACAGUUCUCUCUAUGUUGGAAUAAUUUCAAUUCCAACUUAUCCGCUGGCUUUCAUGAAUCACUCCUUCGAGGAGAUCUGGUUGAUGUGACACUGGCUGCCGAAGGCCAGUUAGUAAAGGCGCAUCGUCUUAUUUUAUCAGUAUGUUCACCGUACUUCCGGAAAAUGUUCACACAGAUGCCGGUGAACCAACAUGCUUUUAUAUUCCUGAAAGACGUUAGUCAUUCGGCGCUAAAAGAUCUCAUACAGUUUAUAUACUGUGGAGAGGUGAAUGUGAAGCAAGAUGCCCUACCCGCCUUUAUCAGUACCGCUGAAGCAUUACAAAUCAAAGGACUGACUGAGUCGGGUGACAGUGUCCCAGUUCAUCAAUCACCUGUAAAAGAGGACAUACCAGCAGUUCCGGUGACGGCUAGUAUUCCCACACCAACUACUGCAACCGCCAGCGCCCAGCGGUCUAAGACUUUGCGAAGUCGCAUUCAAUCGUACAAAAUUGAUUCAGAAGAAAGCGGUGAUGAUAAGGUAGUACAAAUUCAAGCAAGCUCUUCUCAUCACGUAACCGCACCCCAAAUUCAAACGCAAACUACGGUAGUAUCAGGCCUGAAGCGUGGUAUACAGCGCACUAUUCCCAGCCAAAUAAGUAAAAGGACAAAAUUGUCUACUAGUGCUAGUAAUGAUGGAUUGGAAUUAUCCGAUUCUACGACAUCACAAGUGCAAACCGUACAGAUCGUAAAGCAAUUGCCAGCUCAAGUGAUCGAAUCGGAAUACAUCGAGUUGCCAAUCGAAUCCAUCAAUCCUAAAGCCGAACCGGAUUACACCGAGGAGACAGCAGAGAUUGAAACUGUGGACGCGGAAACGGAACAAGACAACAAACUCUCGGAACAAGGAGACCAAGGCGACGCCGAUGACGAAGGAAACUAUGUCGAGGAUGAAGCUUACGGAGAAAUGGGAAUUUCGAAAUAUGACGAUUCUUAUUUGACCGAAGGAGAAGAUGGCGGAAAACCCAGCGUUUCUGGAUUUGUGGAUUCGUACACAUCGGACGGUGGAACUGGCACGGAACAAUCGACUCAAGCUGGUCCCUUGGAAUACAUUCACAGUCAACGAGGGUAUCCGUUGCUGGUAUUGUACAAUUUUCUUUAUCGGAAAAAUCGCGGAAAAUACUGGAGAUGCAUACGUUGCACAAAGCACAAGUGCCGCAGUCGCGUAAUAUUAAAUGAUAAAGGUAAUGCCACCUGUCUUGGUAGCCACACGCACGGCCCAGAAACGGCUAAGAUUCUGUUCGGUCGAAAGAUACGUGAUAAUAAUGGUUCCGAGAUUACCGAUGGAGUCGUGGUUUCAAACAAGCGCCUGAUGAUCAGACAACCGCAUUGCAAGGCGGAUUAUGUAUUAAAUGUUGAAUAAAGUUAACUCAAAAGCAUGCCCCGUUCUUUUCCAUCAUUCGCCGUGUUCGAGGAAAUCCUGAGACGGGCACCUUUGCUCGGGAGCUGGAAACCGAUACCUAAGGUUUGGUACACAGCACCGUUAAGUUUUAUCGCUAAUCGAAGAGGUACACAAAAUCUACUCUUUCGGGG